AUGCCAUUCGGAACGAAUUUGAUUAAAAAUGGUGAUGCAGAACAAGGUCAGUGCUACCAUUCGAAUCAAAGUUCAAUAACAGCUGCACUACAAGGCUGGUCACGUCAUGGUGGUGUUAUACAGAUAUAUUACAACAACAACGAUUUGAAAAUGUAUAUUACAAAUUAUACCACUGAUUGGCAUUUGUGUUUCUUUUUCGGUGGUAAUCAAUAUUCAGACUCCUCCAAUUCAAAUGAAAAUACAAUUCGACAAGAAAUAAAUGUUAAACAAUUAUCAAUUUUAAUUAAUUCACGUCAAGCAAGGUAUCAUGCCAGUGCUUAUUUGGGUGGUUUUGAAGAUGAACAAAGUUCAGCAUCAAUGAAAAUUGGAUUCAAGAAUACGAGAAAUAAAACUGAAUAUAUCAUCGUUGGUCCAGUGACAAAUGUUGAUCUACAAAAUAAAACUGCAAUUUUAUUUUGUUCAUACAAUGGAACAGUCCCGAAUGAUACGUUAGCGAUUGGUAUUGAACUCAAAUUUCAUCGACAAAAAAGUCACAGUGGAUUAAGAUUUGGAAUGACAGAUAAUUUAAAAUUUGUUAUUGAACAAAAAUAA